AUGGAUGUUGCGGCGGCUUGUGACGUACCGGCGAAUCUCGGAUCUGUCGCAAUGAAUGAAGAAGAAAAGAGAGAUGGAGACGAAGGAGGGAAUGAAUCCGCGGCGGCGGCUCUACCACCGUCGAAGAGGCCGCGUUUUGACGAGGAAGUGAAUAGAGUGGCGGAGAUCGUGCUUGUGCUAUCGUCAUUGCGGAGGAUCCGAGGAGGGAAAAGCCCGACGGAUUUGGAGCUCGAGCUCAUGGUGGAAGCCAAGUCCAAAUUGGUGGACAUGUGUCAAGAGUUUACUCCAAAGGAUAUCAUCGGCAGGGAUGCAAUCGGAGCUGUGAUUGAAGAUCUGGGUUUGAAUGGCAAGCUCAAGGACCAGAGAUUAGGCUUUCGAGCUCCUAAAUUAACCAUCUCCGAGAAGCUAUCUCUUGGGAAAAGAAAGAUGGAAGAAUCGAAAAAGCAUCCAAUUGUAUCCACUACCUAUACACCCCCAGGUCAUUCAACUUCAGUGGCACAUCAGUGGCCUAAUAGCGAAUUGAAGCCGUCCACUAGCUCUGUUAAUGCAACUGGGAGCCAUUUCGUUAGGGAUGCAACACAAUCCAGACUGGAGAGGCCACAGUUUAAGGCGGAUAUGCAUCCCGUUGCUUCUCAGGGACCGGGUGGGGGUUAUUUUGGGAAUGCUGCUGCUGCUACGUCUUGGUCUGCUCAGCCUCAUUCCAGCAGCUCCACAACCAUAUCAUUUGGCACUGCGUCAGAUAGCAAAGCUCCUGUUCAGAGCUGUUCAAGAGUCACAGAUCCGAGCUUUAGACCAUUCAUGUCUCAGGCUCCACCAGGUACAUUCCCAGGCAUGAAAGGAGUGACUUAUGGUGGACAGGCCUCUUCCUCUUCUUCUGCACCUUCACCUUUUGGAAACAACAACAACCACAACCAUGCUGAGAUCGCCAAGAUAAUCCACAAAGUUCUGCAACCGCGUGCUAAGCAAAACGUCAUGUGGAAUCCACCUUCGAGAGAGUACAUGAGCAAAGCAAUGACAUGCCAGAUGUGCCAGGGAAGCAUCAGCGAAGUAGAGACGGUGCUAAUCUGCGAUGCCUGUGAGAAAGGAUAUCACUUGAAGUGCCUACAGGUUAACAACAUGAAAGGGGUUCCGAAAUCUGAGUGGCACUGCCCGAGGUGCGUGCAGUUGUACAAUGGCAAGUCUUUUCCUCCUAAAUAUGGCCGUGUCAUGAGAAGCGCCACUACAGCUAAAAUGUCUUCUACUAACCCCGAAGUUCAGUUCCCACCAGAGAAGAAAGUUGGCAAAGUUGUUCUAAAGGUUGGUGCUAGUAGUCAAGAGGCAGUGUCACGCUCUGAGACUCCACAAGCACCUCAAGGCAAAGCACCUAUAAGUCUUACAAUUGAAGCUGAAGAUGCUGCAGCAGCUAACACUCAAACAGUUGAAGCUGAAGAUGCCGCAGCAGCAGCUAAAAGCCAAACGGUUGAAGCUGAAGAUGCAGCAGCAGCAGCCAUAAGUCAAACAGUGGAAGCUGAAGAUGCAGCAGCCAUAAGUCAAACAGUGGAAGCUGAAGAUGCAGCAGCAGCAGCAGCUAUAAGUCAAACGGUUGCAUCAGCUGAUAGUCAAACAGUUAAAGCUGAAGAUGCAUCAUCAGCAAUAAGUCAAACGGUUGAAGAUGCAGCUAGGAGUGAAGCAGUUGAUGCUAGUAACAAUGAGUCACAAGGUCCAAUAGGAAACGACGCUGAGUGUGAUGAACCUUCAGAAACACUGUCUCACUCAGAGACUCUUAAUCCUCCAAAAAUUGAGAAGAAAGAAGAGCCGAGCAAAGAUGCUACCGAGAGAUCUGUUUCCGCAAAUUGCGAAGAGAAACAAGACUCGGAGAUCGUCGCGGAACCAUCAUUACAAGAGGAGAAUUCAGUUUCUCAGACUGACAACUUACCAUCCCAGCCUCCUUCGGAAUCCAACACAGAUCAUUCCCAACAGCAGAACACAGCACCGAAUGUCGAAGAGGCUAUAGAGAAUAAUGUCACAGAAGAUCCACAAGAAGACAAAAGCUGUUAA